AUGUUUCAGACGAAAUUCCAAGAGCCAUUAUUCACCGCCUACUAUAGCGUCGGUAGUCAUCCGCUGGAUAAUUGGGCAGUUCAGUGCAAAGAAGGAGAAAUGCAACAUGUCUUAGACGACGUAAUGAAGUCUAAUGUGCUCCAAAUACAGUCGCCAAACGUGAACGCCUGUUAUAUAACCUGUCCGUUGAAUUCCAAAGGUUCUUUGGGUGUUCGGUUGCCGUUUGUAACGUUGAUGGUGAAAAACCUCAAUCAAUUUUUUACAUUUGAAAUCACGAUUUUGGACAACGAAAACAUUCGCCGACGUUUGCGUGUGAGCAACUACCAUACGUCCAAAAAGCUGAGCAUGUUCAUAUAUACGAUGCCGAUUUGUAUGAGCGAGGGUUGGAACCAACUGAACUUAAAUUUGGCAGAUAUCGUAAGGCACUCAUUCAAGACGACUUACGUGGAGACGGUUCGCGUACAACUGCACGCAAACUGUCGUUUGAGGAGGAUUUAUUUUAGUGACCAGCCGUACAAGGACGAUCAGCUGCCGAACGUUUACAGGAUGUACGGGACCAAGAACGUGCGAGAAAAACCGAAAAGCACGCAGAAGAAAAAAACGGCAGCCGUCAACAAGAAAUCAAUAGGCGAUUAG